AUGCUCUCCACAAAUAUUGGCUGCAUGCUUCUCUUCAUUGUAGGCUUUAUCUCUGGCAUAUAUUCAUAUGAUGAAUCAGAAACGAAUUGCCUUGAGAAAAAUCGCCUGACUGGAUCUGAAGCAGAAGACUUGCACAUGAUCGUGGAAGCAAUGUCAAACCAAACGGUGAAGCUGGAGUGCCAUUUUUGUCAGGAAAUGGACGAUGCUUUACCGAAGCUGUGGUACUGGCAGGAUGUGUUGUUUAAGGGACCUCCAGUGGAAGUGGAACUUGACAUGGGACCUGUCCCCCGAGUCCGUGUUACACCAGACCAUGCUCUUGUACUGCAUAAUGUUACAUCUGCUGACACUGGAGUGUAUCAAUGCCUCAAGUUCAGCUUUCUUCUGGAUGUGAUAGAAAGCACUGUGGACCAAGUUGUAGGAAACGUAUCUGCUUGGCGCUCAUACCAUAACUCAUCACUGAUGCCUCUCAACACAUACCUCCAGAAUGUGGAAGAUGGAUUGCAAUUCUCUGUUGCCACAGAGUGGGAGACGUGGGGACCAUGUGUGGCAUGCAACAGGCCCAAGGGAGAGCGUAGAUGUGUGGGCAGGUGUCGGGUUAAACAACACAUUCAGCAGAAUAUCAUACGUAGCUUUGACCCUGAGGCUCGCAAGCAACAUGUAAUGAAGAAAGUGACUGAACUGUCAUGCCACUCAAAGCUGUUGGCAGAUCUGUUUCCCAAAGUCAGUAUAGCUACUCGCACAGUGCCAGAGUUCAUACUCACUGAACCAUGUGUGGGAGACUGCAGGGUUGAUGUCAGAAACCAGAGGAAACGUAAAGGCAAGGAACCAUAUUACAAGCAACGACAUGUGCUGAUGCCAGGUGCACGUCUCACCCUUAUCUGUCCUGAGGCAACUCUGAAGGAUGUGGUGACAUGGCGCAAAGAUAAUAUUGUGAUCAUGUCUAAUGCAACACAACAUAUCAUAGUGGACAUGUUCAGCAUCCUACACUUGGCGGAUGUGACACAAGUCAGUGAGGGUAAUUACACAUGCUUUGUGGGCAACACGCGCAUGCAGGAGACCAUUGUAUACAUCGCGCCAGCACCAAAUUCACGCAUGGAGGUAUUCCUGCGUCACAUGGCCUACAUGAGCUUCAUCUUUCUGGUGAACUUCAUCUUAUAUUGCUCCUGUCUAUUUGUGGCGUGGAGGCGGCGGCGGCAUCUUCUGGGAUCCAGCAGCAUUGCUUGA